AUGAUUCGCUAUAUUUUCAUACUUUGUCUCUUUCUUCCUCUUGUUGUCUGUAAGGGCAGUGUCCAUGUGUCUACCAGUCGGGGUCGUCGAACCUGCACCGUCACCGCGCAUGGUGACGAGCAAAAUGACGUUCCAAACAUCUUAACGGCAUUUAGCAAAUGCAGCAGAAAGUCCACAAUAAUAUUUCCAAAGGGCGAAAAGUAUUGGAUUAAAGAGAAGCUGCACGCAAGGCUUGAAGACGUGGAUAUCAGUUGGCAUGGAACAUGGCUUUUUUCCCCCAAUACUACAUAUUGGAGAAGCAACUCAUUUUUUAUCGAGUUCCAGAAUCACCGCGCAGGGUUCAUCUUAUCUGGAAAUAAGAUCCGUCUCAAUGGUUAUCAUGAGGGUGGCAUAGAUGGCAAUGGGGACGUGUGGUACGACGAAGACAAGGGAAGCUCGACUGAAGGACGCCCCAUGCCAUUCGUUCUAUGGAAUAUCACCAACUCGGAAAUUCAUAAUUUCCAAGUGCAGCAGUCCCAGUUCUGGUCGCUGAACAUCAUGAAUGGAACCAAUCUAGCUUUUGAGAACAUCACUUGUACCGCGUUCUCCAACAAUGCCCCAGUAGGGAAGAAUUGGGUUCAGAACGCCGAUGGAUUCAACACAAUGGAUGCUCGAAACGUUUCGUUGAACAACUUUCUCUACCGUGGUGGAGACGACUGUAUUGCGAUUAAGCCUAGAUCAUACGACAUCAGAAUCAACAACAUCACUUGCGAUGGUGGCAAUGGUGUGGCCAUUGGUAGCCUAGGGCAGUACUUGGAGGAUAACAGCGUCGAAAAUGUGACAAUCACGAAUGCCAAGAUGAGACGAUAUAGCUGGGAUAUGCGUUGGAGUGUCUACAUCAAAACAUGGAUAGGAGAGCUGGCUUAUCAAGGCGACGGCGAUUAUGAAAGCGGAGGUGUGCCUCGUGGCGGCGGUUGGGGCAAAGUCCGCAAUCUCUUGUUUGAGAACUUUCAUCUUCAAGAUGUCUCUCGAGGCCCGUUCAUAACACAGGAGAAUGGUCGACAAGGAGGUCCAAAAGGGACCAGCAAGAUGGAGGUUUCAAUUGUCGUCUUCCGGAACUUUACGGGAAAUCUUUUGACUUCAAGUGGAAAGCUUGGAGAGAUUUCCUGUAGUGUUGAAUUCCCUUGCUCAAAUAUACAUUACGAAGAUAUGGAUGAGCUUGAAGCUGCACCAGGAGUUUGUCAAUGGACGAAACCUGGCAGUAUAUUUGGCCUACCCGGAUGUUCUGAGUGA